AUGCUCUUAAUGUACUUUGGCGGUGCCAAGCUGCGCUGCUCCGCCGCGCGACCCGGUGCAGAGCGCGGCGAGGGCCCGCUCCCCGGACGCUCAAGGGUCCGCCUGGAGCGGCGGCGCGCACACCAUGGCGAUCGAGGUAGGGCCGGGGGUGAUCUUAGAGCGAACCUGGCUCGGGAGGGAGUGGCCCGGCACUGGUUUGGUUUUCCAGGCUGGGUGGCGGCGGAGGGCGCGGCGGGCUUCUGGUGCCUCCCACACCCGACACGGCUGAGAACGCCGUGGACCGUGAUCACCAGAGGGCGGGGCGGCCUUCCUGCCCCGCCCCCGCGGGCUGGUGCUUUCACUGGCUGUGGCCUAGGUAGGGCCCAGUGCGACGCUGGUGGCCCUGGCCUCCGCCCCUUUGCCGCGGCGGGCGCUCUGGGACCGGGACCAAAGACGCCCCUUGCUGGCUCGGGCCUAGCAGCCACCGCCUUCUCCUUGGUCCCCGCACCGCUCUGCAUCCCGCACUGGGGAGCACCCCGGAGUGCAUCUCAGUCUGGGCUUGUCAUGAGCCCCGGGCCCCGGAGCGCGCCCCCGGUGCAGGGGCUGCCCUGCCGGUCAUCGUCGCUGCUGCUGCUACAGCUUCUGCUGAACCUGCCCCUGGCGCGCGGUACCUGUGGUGUGCCAGAAAGGUUACCAUUUGCUAUGAUGACAAAGGAUUCUACAGGCCAGGAAAACUUUCCUGAGGGUUCUAAAGUGAACUAUACUUGUCGACCCGGUUACCUAAGAAACUAUAAUUUGCCACCAACGCGUACUUGCCUUCCAAAUGGAACAUGGUCCGAAGCAACCCAAUUUUGUCAAAAAAAACGGUGCCCUAACCUUGGAGACCUAAUCAAUGGUCACAUUAAUAUUGAGGAGGACAUGGUAUUUGGUUCAACCAUUUCUUUUAGUUGUGAAAAAGGGUUCUUAUUAGUUGGUCAGCCCCAGACUCGAUGUGAAAUUAUAGGUGAGAACCAGGUUGGAUGGAGUGAACCUCUUCCCGAAUGCCAAGUCAUUCACUGUAAUCCACCUCCAGAUGUUGCCAAUGGGCAAUUCACAGGAGCUUUUCAAGAUUAUUUUACUUACGGAUCAUCAGUGAGAUAUACAUGUGAUAAAACAUAUUCACUUAUUGGAGAUGAAUCCAUCCAUUGUACUACCAACAACAUGAAAGAUGGAGAAUGGAGUGGCUCUCCCCCUCAAUGCAAAGUUGUCCGUUGUGAAAGUCCAGUUUUCCCAAACGGACGCCUGCUAUCUGGAAGAAGACCACCUUAUACGUAUAAAGAAGCUGUGAUCUUGGAAUGCAAUUCUGGAUUUCACAUGGAAGGAGAGGAAAAGAUUUCCUGUGGUGCUAACAACUCAUGGGUUCCUGGUGUUCCACAGUGUAUACAAGAUGUUAAGUCUACCACUGCCAGUACCACCACCACCACCACCACCACCAACACCACCACCACCACCACCACUACUACCACUACUGGUUCUUCUCCUGACAGUGGGAAAGAAAAUCAACUUGACACAAUAAUCCUGGUGGUAACAUUGAUAAUCUUCACCCUGAUUUGAAGAGAUUGGUCAUGAAAAAUCAAGUAUCUACAGCUACAAAAAUCAAAUCUACAUCAAGUA